UUUAAGAUGUAAGUCUGCAGAUAUCAAUUCGGCCACUCUAAUCUCAACAACUUCUUCUAUCCUUUUCUCAAAUGUCUCUUUUGCAGCUAUAUCCUUAAUUAUCUGCCAUUGAAAGGUUAGUUUUCCUUAAUUACUCUAUCAUUUUAUUCAACUUUUAGGGCAAAACAACACUCAUAGUGCCUUAACUAUCAAGUAUAAGUUAGCUCCUUGCCUAUAUAUAUAGUUGUGUAUCGGAUCUGACAACUUUUUGAAAGAGUUCGAGCAACAUAGAGAUAUAGUACAAGUCUUAUGUUUUUCAGUAGAUCUAAAUAUCAUCAUAAGAAAACAUUACUCAAGUCAAUGAGCUUUGAAUCACAAUCUUUUUUUGCCUACUAGGAUUAAAUUAUUUUUACACAUUAAGCUGCAGUCUUCAGGUCAUAAUCGCAAAGGGGAAUAUUGUUAAUAUGGCUUAUGCAAGUUUGAUUUCUCUUAAGACGACGAUAAAAUCGCUCUUGAUGACAUCCAAUUUGCCAUUACAAUCUCUAAUAUGCGAUCACAAAGAAGAACUUUUGGCUCUUCAUGAAAAAGUUAGUUCCCUGGGAGUAUUUCUCAACAACUUUGAGAAAAACAAUGUUUCGGGGGAAAUGACGGAUUUGGAAGUAGAGGUAAAAGAAGUUGCAAGUGCUGUUGAAUACACAAUACAACUGAGACUAACAGAAAUUGAAAUGGCAAAUACUAAAAACAGUGUUUCUGGAAAAAUUGAAGGUCAAAACUUUUAUCACAGCCUGCAACAAGUAGCAGUUGACAUCGAUCGUCUUAGGAAAGAGUCAACAAAGAUUCGAGAUAAAGGGAAACAAGCAUCAGAAGAAUCAUCGGUUCGAGAUUUUUCAAGUUCAGCAAAUGAUGGUCUGAACGUUAAGAACAGUAUGGUUGGGCGUGGUGAUCAAAGGGAACGGUUGUUAGAAGAUCUGACUAGAGGAUACUCUGGUGAACCCAAAGUCAUCCCGAUCAUUGGGAUGGGAAGCAUUGGUAAAACAACCUUAGCAAUAGAAGUUUACAAUAGUGCGCACGUUCGUUCUCAUUUUGAUGUUUGUGCCUGGGCUACUCUUUCUCAACAGCACAAUGUAAAGGAAAUCUUGUUGAACCUUCUGCGUUCUACAAAGGGUGGCACAUUUGACAUGCUCGAUGAGGCAGAGUUAGCAGACAUGCUGCGUAAAAGUUUAUAUGGAAAGAGGUACUUAAUUGUCAUGGAUGACAUCUGGAGUAUUAAAGCGUGGGAUGACGUGAGACGAUUCUUCCCAAGUCAGAACAAGGGGAGCCGAAUACUGUUGACUACCCGUAACAAUGAAGUGGCUUGCUAUGCUAAUACAGAAAAUCUUUCGUUGCAGAUGAGCUUCAUGGAUCAAGAUGAGAGUUGGAACCUUUUUAAGAGUGUAGCAUUUGCAAAUGAAGCAUUACCAUUACCAUCUGAACUUGAGAAUAUUGGGAAGAAAAUUGCAGAGAAAAGCCACGGGUUACCACUAACUAUUGUCGUGGUUGCGGGGCUUCUCAAAUCCAAAAAGACAAUAGAAGAUUGGGAAAGUGUUGCUAAAGAUGUCAAGUCAUUUGUCAAAAAUGAUCCCGAUAAACAAUGUUCACAUGUUCUUGGGUUGAGUUACAAUCACUUGACUAGUGAUCUAAAAACAUGUCUUCUGUAUUUCGGAAUUUUUCCAGAAGACUCUGAGAUUCCAGUGAACCAUUUGAAGAGAUUAUGGAUGGCUGAGGGGUUCCUGAAUUUUGAAAAUGACUUAGAAGGAGAAGCUGACAAGUGUUUACAAGAUCUUAUCAACAGAUGUCUAGUUCAUGUCAGCAAGAAAAGUCGUGGUGAAACAAAAAUUAUAUCAUGUAAGGUUCAUGAUCUAAUACACGACUUGUGCUUGAGACAAGUUCAAAGAGGAAACCUUUUCACUGUAAAAGACAUUCUGUUUGAAAAAUCCGAUGAAAAGAAAGCUCAAAUCAAUGAUUGUGAUCCAAAUCAUGUUCCUUCUGUAUGCCAACCUCUCAGUAGGCAUAAUAUGCAGCCGUUUAAGCGCUGGACUGGUGACGAAAUUUAUGGAUCUCCGUAUGGUCUAUAUAGGGCCCUUCUUACCCCUGGACAUCAUGAGUUGAGAGAUGAUGAUGACAACAAUCUUUUGAAACGAACUCGCUCUAUUUUCUCAUUGGGUGGUUUUUUUUCAACUUUUGUUCUCCAAUCAGAGCUUAUUCAUUUCAAAUUACUGAAAAUCUUGGACUUGACACACAUCAGGAUUUAUAGUUUCCCUCUACAGAUACUAAGCCUCAUCUGGUUGAGGUACCUAGCAUUAUUCUGCUCUGAGAUUUUCGACGUAACUCCAGAAAUUUGCAGGUUAUGGAAUCUGCAGACAUUCAUUGUUGAAGGGUAUCCUCCAUCAUAUUUAACUUUUCCGGAGCAAAUUUGGGGACUAAGGCGAUUAAGGUAUCUGAAACUGCACAAAUUCCAUUUACCAAAUCAACCAAGUGUAUCUGUUGACAAAGCAAGAUACAUGAGUUUUUCAAAUAUACAAUCUAUUUCUUACCUGUCUCCACUUUGUUGCACGAAGGAAGUUCUUUCGGGGAUUCAAAAUGUUAAGAAAAUAGGAAUCAAAGGAAAUCAAAAUAUCCGUGAAAGUGGAAUUUUCAACAAUCUUGUCAUUCUGCAGCAACUUGAAACAUUGAGUGUAAGAAAAUUUUAUAAUUGGAGUGCGGUGACCAUUCCAACAACGCUCAAGAAGUUAAAAUUGUACAAAACUUUUCUACGUUGGUCUUACUUGGACAUCAUAGCUGAGUUGCCUAACCUUGAGGUGCUGAAGCUGGUGCUUAAUGCUUGUCACGGCGAAGAGUGGGAUCCAAAUGUUAGAGUAUUUACUCAAUUGAAGGUUUUGCUAAUUCAAGCAAAUUAUCUCGAGUCCUGGAAAGCGACAAAUGACAAUUUUCCUGUCCUUGAACGCCUCGUGCUUGGUUCUUGCUCUUACUUGAAAGAGAUACCCAUUGAGUUUGCAGAUAUCAACACAUUACAACUGAUUGAGCUUGAUAGUUGUCCUCCCAUACUUGCGGAAUCUGCUGCACGAAUUCAACAAGAACAAGAAGAUCUCGGAAAUGACCCCGUAGAUGUCCAUAUUAUACCAAUCAGGCACGUUUUGGGUGAACCGAAAAAAAAGAUUAUUUUCUCCAGACAUUCAUCUUUAGAUAAAUGGAUUAAAUGUCAAUCUAGCAAUUAAGUGAGAAAAUAUAAACAGUCCCAACAAGAUUAUUAGCGGAAGGUAUAAUUAUUAUUUU